AUGGCGCAAGCAACUCAGUCGAUAAAAUGUGUCGUCACUGGUGAUGGCGCUGUCGGAAAGACGUGUCUGCUGAUAUCUUACACCACGAAUGCUUUCCCCGGCGAAUACAUCCCGACCGUCUUCGACAACUACUCGGCCAGUGUUAUGGUAGAUGGGAAACCAGUAUCGCUGGGUCUCUGGGACACAGCAGGUCAAGAAGACUACGAUCGCUUGCGACCUCUUUCAUACCCACAAACAGAUGUGUUCCUGAUAUGCUUCUCUAUUGUCUCGCCUCCUAGUUUCGACAACGUCAAGGCAAAAUGGUAUCCCGAAAUCGAGCACCACGCACCCAAUGUGCCCAUCAUCCUUGUCGGAACCAAGCUUGACCUUCGAGAAGACAAAGCAACGGCCGACAAUUUGAGGGCCAAGAAGAUGGAACCAGUCUCGUACGAGCAGGCGCUGUCCGUGGCGAAAGAAAUCAAGGCGGUGAAAUACCUGGAAUGCUCCGCACUCACACAACGAAAUCUGAAGAGCGUGUUUGAUGAAGCCAUUAGGUGA